UUGCGGGGUCGGAAGCGGCGCGCGGAUCAGCUUCCGGUGGGGACCGACCCCGGGCAGCAGGUGACUCCCUGCCUUGGCAGAUGUUGCCCCCACUGACGUAGGCCCUGGGUGGCUUGGGCCAAGGAUGAGCAAACCAACAGACCUGGAAAGAAGCCUCCCAGCCAUUGCCUCCAUCAGCACCUCCUUCUCCCAGAACCAGGGCUUCUCCCCUUACUGCUACUUCUCUCCAGAGAAGAGGAAAGCCAUCUCGGACGUGAGGAGAACCUUCUGCCUCUUCGUCACCUUCGACCUCCUCUUCAUCUCCUUGUUGUGGAUCAUUGAGCUGAACACCAAGGAGGGCAUCCAGAAGAACCUGGAGACUGAAAUCAUCAAGUACCAUUUCAAAACCUCUUUCUUUGAUAUAUUUGUGAGUAUCCCAGAGCACAGCAGGUCUUGGGCUUUCUUUUCGUUUUUUGUGCUGCUGUUGGCCUACGCUGUGGUGAAGCUGCGCCUGUGGGCCAUAGCGGUCACUACGUUGGUAUCCAGUGCCUUCCUGAUUGUCAAGGUCAUCCUCUCCGAGCUUCUGAGCAAAGGGGCCUUUGGCUAUUUACUUCCUAUCGUCUCGUUUGUCAUUGCUUGGCUAGAGACCUGGUUCCUGGAUUUUAAAGUCCUAACCAGGAAGCGAGAAGAGGAACGAUGGUACCUGGCAGCCCAGGCUGCCAGCCUCUCGUGGCCCCUGCUCUACCCCCGAGCCCUUUCCGAGGGGCAGUUCUACUCCCCGCCAGAAUCCUUUGCAGGGUCAGACAACGAGUCUGAUGAGGAGGGAGCAGGGAGGAAGGCCUUGACAGCUCAGGAAAAGGAGUACGUCCGGCAAGGCAAGGAUGCCAUGGAGGUUGUGGACCAAAUCCUCGCCCAGGAGGAGAACUGGAAGUUUGAGAAAAAUAAUGACUUUGGUGAUGUUGUUUACACUUUUGAAAUACCAUUCCAUGGCAAGACCUUUAUUUUAAAGGCUUUCCUGCAGUGCUCUGCUGAAACAGUUUACCAGGAGGUUAUUCUCCAGCCUGAGAAGAUGAUCCUGUGGAACAGAACGGUGGCAGCUUGCCAGAUCUUGCAGAGGGUUGAAGACAACACGAUCGUCUCCUACGACGUGGCAGCUGGGGCUGCGGGUGGUGUCGUUUCCCCAAGGGAUUUCGUGAACGUACGGAGGAUCGAGAGGAGAAGGGACAGGUAUGUGUCCUCGGGGAUCUCCACCACGCACAGCCUGAAGCCUCCACUCUCCAAGUAUGUCAGGGGUGAGAAUGGGCCUGGAGGAUUCAUCGUCCUGAAAUGUCCCAGCAACCCCAGGGUCUGCACCUUCAUCUGGAUUCUCAACACGGAUCUGAAGGGUCGCCUGCCCCGGUACCUGAUCCACCAGAGCUUGGCUGCCACCAUGUUCGAGUUCACCUUCCACCUCCGGCAGCGGGUGGGCGAGCUGACCAGCAAACCCUGAGCCCCCAGGGCCCUGCCCGUGCCCACAAUUCCUCUGGGGCCGGGGGGGGACAGCUGGGAGAGGACCCCACGACCCCCCCAGGAGGGGAUACCCCAGACCUACAGCUCCCAGAUGAGGCGAGGGAGAUCAGCUCCUUCUCCCACCAGCAUUCCCCCAAACUGGGACCUUUUUGUGUGCCAAACUUCUGCCCUGGCUCUGACCUGACCCUCAGCCCCAGGCUGGGGAGCUCGGCUGUGACUCCCCCCCCCCAAACUCCUGUGUUCCUUCCCCAGUUUGAUGAGAAGGGGGGGCUGGAGGAAAAGGCCACAUUGGGGUGAGGACUGGGGUCUGUCCCCUCUGUCCAGAUGAAGCCCCAGGCCAGGCUUGGGGGCAGAGGGGCAGUUUGUGCCUCAUUCCCCUCCCUAGGGCUGUGCCCCCCACCCUGCAGGAGGUGAGGGGGGGGGAGCUGUGCAAGGGACAUCCCUCCCCCAGCCUUUGGGUUGCCUGGACCCCCCUGCCCUACCCCUGUUUCUCCAUGGGGUUCAUCUGAGCUCGUCCCCCCCCUUCCUGCAGCUGCGGGCGGAGGCAGAUUUGCCUUAAGCAGAGACUUUUAUCCUUUUUUUUUUUUUUUUUUGAGGGGGGGUGUGGGGGGGAUGUGGGGGCGAGUGCAGUUUCUCUCUACCUGUGAGCGCCGGUGCCGUGUUCUGUGCCAGAAAUGGAAGCAGUGCGGGGGCAGACGCUGGCAGCGCUGCAGUGAGGGGGGAGCACCCACGCUGAGCCCCCCCCUGGGGCUCUGGGACCCCCCCUUGUGGCUCUCUGCCCCUCUUGCUCCCAUCCUGGGGGUCCUGCCCCCCCCGAUCUGUCCGGUUGGUGCCUCUCAGAAUAAAAAGCCUCACGCUG